AUGGAGAACCAGCAGGAACAGGUUGUGGAGCUAUUUGAGAAAGGCAAGCAAGCCUAUCUAAACAGGGAUUACACUGCGUGUGAAAACAUAGUGGCUCAAAUCAAGCAAGAUUCCUUUGGAUAUGAAGUUUAUCGAGUAGAUAACUUUUGGGAUGAAGACGAUAUUGAAGAUGCAUACUACGAGGAUGAAGAGAAGGAAGAAGAUGGAGAGCCGGUGAUUGAAACACAUCUACGUAAAUCAUCACGCCUAAACAAGCAAGUGGUUGAAGUGCCGAUUUCGGAUCAUACACAAAACAUCAUCUUACUACAAGGACAGCGUGGAGGCAGUGCUUGUAUCUCUCUGUGGUGUGGUUUCCCCGAAAUAGGCUCAAACAGGUCGUUGAUAACCCCAUUCCUUAUCGCCUGGAGAGUCUCUGUUGCUUCUUUAGCCUCUCUGUCAAAGACAGACUUCCACAAGUCGAGUAUCUUAGACUCCAUCGUCUCCCUCGCAAACCUAUUCGCCUCUGAAACAUAUUUCGCUGCUCUUGAGCAACUCUUGCUUGUAACUCACAAUAGACGAAGCUAA